AUGCAGACAUCGAAGGUCAAGUCCAACAACUUCCUGUGCGCUCCCCGCACAUCGUUCAACUACACUGUGGAGGAGGCGGCACACCAUGCACAGCAUGCGAAUGAAGAUGCGCUCGCCAUGAAGAAAGCCCUCGCAAAGGACCAUUCGAUGACGGCCCAGGAGGCCAGAUUCUUUUCGAUGUUGUCGACUCCUUUGACGUUCUUGACCAGCACUUUUGCCAUUACCGCGGCCUAUCUGGAGGUGCAGAAUGGCUGGAUGCUGGCGCAGAAAGCGAAGAUGCUCAAAGAAAAUUUGCGCGGAAACCAUGGAAUGAGUUGCGGAAGGCGGCAUCUCGCCACAGCGCUAGCAGUUUGCACAGUUACAGUGGCUGCGAAUUGCCCGGCUGCUGAAGUAUCCGCUGUCGUCGGGGGUCUGACCGUACAUCUCGCAGUGCCUGCCCUGUUGGAAGGAGACAGCUUUCAGAGGUCCUGUGAAUCACUCCGGGCAGGAUUUGAAGGCUUCAUCCGUGUCUCCUGCUUCGGCUCGCAGCCGGUGCCGACGAUCCGGUGCCAGGCGAAGGGGUGCCUGGCGGGUCAGCGCGCCCCUGCGAGGAUCGGUGACAGUGCCGAACUCCUUCCAGCAGCGAUCGACAAAGGACUUGCCCAUGGCAAGGAAGAGUUCCUGCCUUGCAGGACGCUGAAGGAAGGGCUCGAGGGCUACAUCCAUCUCAGAUGUUCGCUUGGAGUUCUGAGUGCCGACGCUGCAAGCUGCCGUUCCACGCCACAAGGUGCGCGGACAGCGUACCGCUUGCUGAACGCAGAUUUCCUUCCAGGAGCCUGGAGAGUGUUCGAAGCCAAUUUCUACGACAACGCAGAUUGCCAAGGAGGCCGCUGGACGGGUGAGCUUUACGGGUCCUCCGAGGAGGCAGAGUCUGGUUGCUCUGGCUUUCGAUGGAAAUCGUACAUCGCCCCGUUGCAGCAGUUCAUGCAGAAGCUUGCCUCGCUAGUCUGCCUCUGCGCAGGUGCCCAUGCCAACUGCUCAGAAGCAACGCCAAGAAGCACCAGCGGCAGCACACACUGCCAAGCCUUGCAAGUAUCACCACUGGCGGAUAGUAGAAACUUUGUAGCUAAGCCUUCCGUUUCUGCAAUGGCGCUGGCAAAGCGGCUGAUCUCCGACGUGUUGGGGCGUGGUGGCAUUGCCAGCAGUGUCUUGGAUGGGGAGGCAGGCAUUGGGCAGUUUCUGAGGAUUGAGGCUCUUGGCAUCCAGCGACUCAGCGACUGCCUUGUAGGCGUACUUGUUCGGUGGUCACGACGGCGAGAUGCCGUUUCUUGGCCCGGGGAGUUUCUGCCAGCAUCGUUCGUGUUUUGGUUUCGGGGUCCUCCCGGUUGCUUGUGCCAUGACUGUUCUGGGAUUCUGCGGAGUCUGCUCCGAGCUGUCGAGUCUAUGGUUCACGUUGCGCUCAUGCUGCAAGCCUUCAGGCUGAAAGUCGUGGAGUCUUUCCGUCCCUCCGAGCACCCCGAAGACCGGGGCGAGUGGAAGGAGCUGCCGCCGAUGCUGGCCAGACGCACAUAUGCCUCUGCGUCCGAGCUCGAUGGGAAAAUCUACGUGAUGGGAGGCAGUGCCGACGGACGUACGCUGAACACCUUUGAGGUCUUCGAGCCCAAGGCCGGACAGUGGGAUCAGUGGUUCACAAAGCCGCCGAUGAACAUCAAGCGGACCAUGCAUGCUGCCGCAGUGGCAGAUGGCCGCAUCUAUGUGGCCGGGGGGUUCGACGGCAUCCGUGACCUAUCCGCGGCGGAGAUCUACGAUCCCAGGAGCAACAGCUGGAGUUCGCACAUAGAUCCUAUGAACGUGCCCCGAUCGUAUCACUGCAUGGUGGCUGUCCAGAAUUGCAUCUAUGCAAUCGGAGGUCAGCAGCGGCAGGUGAAGGUGGACCGUCCUCGCGCGCACAGCUCUGUGGAGGCCUUCGAGCUCUACUGUGAGAGGUGGCUUGAGGCUCCUCCGAUGUCCACGGGACGCAUCGGGGCAGCAGCUUGCCUGAUGGAGGAUGAGAGCGGCGCCAACUUCAUCUAUGUCACCGGUGGCUCUGAUGGGGAUGCUGUGCUGCAAUCUGGGGAGGUCUUUGAUGUGAAGCGGCAAACCUGGCAGGAGCUUCCACCCAUGGCCUUCCCGCGAAUCGCGCACACGUCUUUCGUGCUCAACGGAAAGCUUUAUGUUGCAGGGGGCAUCGAUGGCAAGGUGCCCCUGGAAACCUUUGAGUGCUUCGACCCCUCCACGAAGACAUGGAGCGCACCCAUGCGAUUAGGUGCACUCUGA